AUGGAACAAUACGGAGUCUACGUACCUGGAACCAUCGGCGGAUACUUCAGGGAUGUUCGCACAUGGAAGAAGUAUGCACUCAAGCUUAUCGAAGAAAUACGCCAGAAAGACUCGCACACACCCUUCCUCCGAAAUGUCCUCAGUGCGGAGAAGAGCGGAGACACGGCCCAGCCUCUGACGAACUCGGAGCUUGCGGAGGAAUGUAUGGGAGGCAUGUAA